AUGGUUCUGACAGGGCACUCACUCGGUAGAAACAAGCUAGAACAACUUCUGAAACAAGGAAGGCAAUCAAAAGAGGACAUUAAUUCUACAUACAAAAUUAUGCGUAGGGUAGAAGCAGAAGAACUUUCACUUGAUGCUGCAGAACUUGUUAUUACAAGCACCAAGCAGGAGAUUGAUGAACAGUGGGGACUAUAUGAUGGAUUUGAUGUAAAGCUUGAGAAAGUUUUGAGGGCCCGUGCAAGAAGAGGGGUCAAUUGCCAUGGUCGCUACAUGCCAAGGAUGGCGGUUAUCCCUCCUGGGAUGGACUUCAGCAAUGUCAUAGCACAAGAAGACACAGCCGAAGUCGAUGGUGAACUUGUAGCACUAACCAAUGGUGAUGGUGCUUCACCUAAAGCACUCCCUCCAAUAUGGUCAGAAGUAAUGCGGUUUCUCACAAAUCCCCACAAGCCAAUGAUUCUAGCAUUGUCAAGACCAGAUCCAAAGAAAAAUAUUACCACACUUGCAGCUCAUUAUGCUGAUGCUAUUGGUCCCUGCUAUGGAAUUCCCAAUUAUUGUGAUGUUUGGGAUGAAUUAAAGGUCUGGUGGUCCAGAACUUUGAGGAAUGGUGGGAAGAUUCCAUCAACGGAGGAUUUGGAAACGAAAUUGAGACAGAGAAUCAAAUUAGGCUUCUAA